AUGUCGGGUGAAAUGGAAGUCGACCCCCCGGUCGCCCAAGAAUCCGGAGGCGAUGCCCUCGACCCACGAACAGAAUCCGGAGCUGUCGCUGUGCGCAGUAUCGAGGGGUGGAUUGUGAUCGCGACGAAUAUCCACGAGGAAGCAUCCGAGGAGGACGUGACGGACUUGUUUGCAGAGUAUGGAGAGAUCAAGAACUUCAAUCUGAACCUCGACCGUCGGACGGGUUACGUUAAGGGAUACGCAUUGAUCGAGUACUCGACUCUUCCUGAGGCUUCUGAAGCCAUCAAAGCCUUGAACGGAUCCAAGUUGCUUGACCAGACCAUCCAUGUGGACUUCGCAUUCGUCCGCCCGCCUCCAUCGAACAAAGGGAAGGGCAGUGGGGAACGAGGUGGCCGGGGUGGAAGAGGCCGCAGCCGGAGCCGCGAUCGGAGUCGGAGCCCUGGAGCUGAUGCUGAGCGGGAUUAA